GGCCUGCGACCCCUGAAUCCAUCAGGAUAUAGUCCUGAUCAACACUUUUCUGCUGAAGUUGGUAUCAGGAUCAUUCAAAACUGUUUCUCCAACGCUUCUACCAAAAACUCAGACUGUUUUCCAAAGCAGAGCUGGCUGAGCCCUCCCAGGCCGAGGGAAUGGGGAGUGUGCGAAGCCACCGCUACAGCAUUGUGUCCUCUGAGGAAGAUGGCAUGAAGCUGGCCACCGUGGCCGUCCCAAACGGCUAUGGAAAUGGCAACAUGAACAAGGUGCACACUGAGCGCCCCCCACAGAGCCGCUUUGUCAGUAAAGACGGCCACUGCAACGUGCAGUUCAUCAACAUGCGCGAGAAGGGCCAGCGCUACCUCGCCGAUAUCUUCACCACCUGUGUGGACAUUCGCUGGCGAUAUAUGCUCCUUAUUUUCUGCAUGUCUUUCUUGCUCUCAUGGCUCUUUUUUGGUUUUGCUUUUUGGCUAGUGGCAUUUACAUAUGGGGACUUGGAGAACGAAACUCAAAUGUGUGUUUCUAAUGUUGACAGCUUCACAGCUGCCUUUUUGUUCUCAGUGGAGACCCAAACCACCAUCGGCUACGGCUACCGCUACGUGACAGAGGAGUGCCCCAUUGCUGUGUUUAUGGUCGUCUUCCAGAGCAUUGUGGGCUGCAUCAUUGAUGCUUUCAUCAUUGGUGCCGUCAUGGCUAAAAUGGCCAAACCCAAAAAGAGAAAUGAGACACUGGUGUUUAGCCACUAUGCCACUGUGGCCAUGAGAGAUGGUAAACUGUGCUUGAUGUGGAGGGUGGGCAACCUGAGGAAAAGCCACCUAGUGGAGGCUCAUGUGCGCGCCCAGCUCCUCAAGUCUCGCACCACAGUGGAGGGAGAGUUCAUCCCCCUGGACCAGGUGGACAUUGAUGUGGGCUUCGACAGUGGCAUCGAUCGAAUUUUCCUUGUGACUCCUAUCACUAUUGUGCAUGAGAUUGAUGAGGACAGCCCCUUCUAUGAGAUGAACAAGCAUGAGCUGGAGACAUCUGACUUUGAGAUAGUGGUGAUUCUGGAGGGCAUGGUGGAGGCUACAGCCAUGACCACACAGUGUCGCAGCUCCUAUGUGGCUGGUGAGAUCCUCUGGGGUCACCGCUUUGAGCCGGUGCUCUUUGAAGAGAAAAACUAUUACAAAGUAGACUACUCCCGCUUUAAUAACACAUACGAGGUUCCUAGCACUCCUCAGUGCAGUGCCAGGGAGUUAGCUGAGCAGAAGUCCAACUCCAGCUCCAGAAACUCCUUCUGUUAUGAGAAUGAGGUGGCUCUGGAGAAAGUGGAAAUGGAGGAAGAUGAGGAAGAAGAGAAAGAUAGCAAAGACACAAGGCCGAUGGAAACUCUCGAUGAUACAAAUAUUGACAUGGUGUCAGACUAUGAUCCCAACCUGGACUCACCGACUAUAGAGGAAAGGCCUUUGACCGCAGAAUCAGAAAUGUGAAGUUUAUGUUAUGAUCACGAUGUUAGUAUUGAGACUUGUACACAACACUGUAGGUCUUCAGAGCCAGUAGUGGCAGUGGGGCUAAAUCAGCCCCAUGUUUGUACCAAGACCUAAAGGAUUCAGUUUAGUGAACAGCCUCAGUAAUACUAACCACUUAACAAUCUGUGCUUCCAUCAUUUCUAAAUGAUGCGUCAACUGGUUUUAAAGCUCUUCUAAUUACACAUCCACCACUGACAAGACAUUAAAUAUUAAAGAUAAUAUCACAAAGUUUUAGGUUAUUUUACUUAGUAAAGUUCAGUUUUAUUGCAUAAUACAAUUUGGGGAAAACAAAUAUAUGGACAGUGUAAAGUAUUGAUCAUUUUUGGAGCUAAAAUAUAAUUUUAAAUAUGAUUUAUUACAUAUUAAACCUAAUAGCCUUGAGAAUCAUUUAAGUAUGAGCUCUUGCUAUGACAACAUUUCGCCCCCCAAGCAGCAGUGUUAAAGAGCUGGUCUCUUAACCAUUCUCUGCUUUGAUAGCGUGACGCAGUAUAAAAGAGUCUCAGACUGAUGACAUGGACAACAUGCUCCUGAAGCUAACGUCGUGUCUAAGUUUAGCAUCUCUUUCUCUGUGCGCCUUAACAAACCCUCAGCCUCAGGAGACAAAGCGGGCCAGUUGAGAGCUUUGUCUUUUGACUAAGCACACACUUCAGUAAAUGUCAUAGGGACUAGCAAUAACACGCAGAUCAUGCACACAGUACUGUCACUAUUUCAUGUGCAAUACAGUUUAGUGGGACAAACUGAGCUGAAAAACAAGUGAAUGUCAAGUGAAUGAGAUAUGCUGCUAAGUUACAUAUUGUAUUUGUAGAGCCAAAGGAUGUUCCCUAUUUAAGUAUGUGUUUUUGAGAUUACAAAUACAAUCUAUAAUGUUUUUCUUAGUUCUAGACAAGCAUGAAACUAUUGAAGUGUUUUCAUAAGCUUUAGUUGCACUUUCCUGUUAUAUUUUACGACCCAAAGCCAAAUGUUUGUUAUGUUAUAAGUCGAAAAAGCUAAUUACUAGGUUGACAUAGACCUAUUUUGUCCCCUUUUGUCUGUAAAAUGAAGUUGGUUUUGGGCAGGCUAGGAUUCCUCUGCCCUUCUUCUGUGGGUCUUGUCAAGUUGUGUCAUUCUGAAUAGACCCUUCCUUUGUCUUAUUAACAAUGAUCAAUUUAUAACUACACUGUGUUGGAUCACAAAUCCAGAACCACUUCAGUCUUACUUUUGUUUACUGGGGUAACACACUCAUGUAACAUCACGUGAAAGUGAACAUAGCACUGUUCACUAUGCAUCUUAUCUGCUUAAAAAUAUUCUCCUUAGGUCUAUAUUUUUCUACCAGGGUCUUCCCACCCUCCACUGAGAAUGUACAGAUUUUAUAUCUUUUGUAAAUUAGACUGAGAAUAUUGCAGUUGUUGAA